AAUUUCUCCUUUUUUCUUUUUUAUCCGUGUAAGGUGACUCCAAGUUGUUGUAACAUAAUGGGAAAGUACUGGCCUGUUGCUGUGGAAGUGAUUGUAUUUCUGACCUUUUUUGCAACAUCUCUGCUAGACAUCAUCACUCAAAAGCACAUAUACAACACUGCUGCAAAGGAUCAUGCCAAUACAAACAAACUUUAUUUUUGUAAAACAUCAAAGAAUACUGACUGCUGCAACUCUACUGACAUUGGAAUAAACAUGCAGGGUUCCACUUUCACAGAAUAUUGGUUGCUUUAUAUUAACUUGGCAUCACUUCUCGUGGCAAUGCCGUCAACAGUUCUUCUUGGGAUCUGGAGUGAAACAGAUGGGCGCAAAGUUGUGCUCACUGUUUCCCUGUUAGGAACAGUGCUUCGCGUGGCUUUAUUCAUCAUCAUCCUUCAGUUUCAGGAGUCAUUCUACUUUUUUGUAAUUGCAAGUCUGAUAACAAGCACACUGGGAUACAACACCAGCUUAAUGGCGUCAUCCAUGUCCCUUAUUGCUGACAUUACGAGCAGUGGACAAAGAACGCUGAGGAUUGUUUUCUUAGACUGUGCCAAAGGUUUUGGAAUUGGCUUAGCUUAUUUCAUUAGUGGUUUCUGUUUCGAACGUGAUUGGUUCCAGUAUUCUCCCUGGCUUGUUCUUGCUGUCAGCAUUUUUAAUAUUACAUAUGUUGCCUUCUUCUUAGAGGAGUCUAUACUCACCAAUGAAGCUGCUCCAAUAUGUAGUUGCAAUUAUUUUGUUGGCAUUUAUAGAGUGUUCAGUUUUGAUCCUGGAAAUGGUAGGAGAUGGCGCUUACUGACUUUUGCCACUGCUCUUUUCAUAAGUGGGAUAGUCACUACUGGUACAGACAAUCUGUUUAUUUUGUAUGCUCAAACAUCACUUUGUUUUACUCUGGUAUGGACUGGGUACUUAUACGGAGCUCUUACUCUGCGUUUUAUUCCAAGCCUGGUUGGUGUCAAGUUGUUUCAGACUAUUACAAAAAUCUCCAACAACUGGCUAAUUGAAACUGGGUUACUGUCAUUUUUUGCUGGCCUUGUUCUGGCAGCAUUUAGCAAUACUACUCGAUUGUUUUUUAAUGUACCAGCAUUUCAGUUUUUAGGCACUAUGCCAUUAGCAGUAAUAAAAGGCAGUAUGUCCAGGCUGGUGGAACCACACGAGCAAGGAACCUUGUUGGCAGUUAUUUCAUGUUUGGAGAGUUCAGCAUGUUUUCUUGGAGUCUUCAUUUUCAGACGUCUCUAUCAACCCACGAGUGAUGUGUUUCCUGGCUUAUCUUUUGUGAUAGGAGCCUUUUUACUGAUUAUUCCGGCUGUUCUUGUUGGGAUUAUUCAUAGAAACGAAGACCCCACCAGAAAUCUGUUUCAUCAAGAUGAGUGUUCAGAGACUGACUUUGGUCGACAGUGCUCAAUAAGCACCAGAUCAACAUCCAACCCAAGAAUGUGUGGUGUCCCUGUGGUGACUAAUGAAGACUUAAGUAGUUAUCAAGAGUACAGUAUUGUGACAAAUGAAGAACAAGGAAUUUCUUUUUAACAAUAUAGGCAAAGAACCUCACUUAGAAAUGCCUUGGCAUGUACCGUAAAGCUAACAGUAUUCUGGAGUAAGUAUAUAGUAUUAAUAUAUGGUUAUUAAAAAACUGUUUUGGAGUGAACA